GUCGUUGAAAUAGGUGAAGCAGUGUGUAUGUCCAUUUAUUUACAUCGAGAAUUUGCCAGAGAUUUAUCAAUGUAAACUGUUGUCACGGGUCGGCCGGCUCUACAAUAACGUUAAGCUCUCGGUAAAUUCGUUACGAACAAAACUAACGUUUCAAACGCCGCGUGUUGUUUUUUAUUAAACCGAUUCCGGGGUGUUUUACACCGAAUAAGAGAAGAAUAUAACGAAAAAGAAAAACGUUGCUGAUCGUGAUGAUUCAUACCAAGUGAUAAAAAAGUUAGUUGUGUUGUAUGACAAUAUUCUUGGAUGCUGUAAGAAUAUCUUUAGUUUUACAUUUCAUCUAAAAAGGAUCACGAAGAAGCCCUACCUGAUGCCGUAUAUACAUAGCGGCUUGUAAGCCGAAAUCUGUCAGUACGUGUUUCCGGUCAUCGAGGAAAUCACCGUCGUUCAGACCAGGACUAUCUUUUAAAGAAGAAAAAUGGUUAAUAAUUUUCGAGUUUUUAAGAAGAGCUCUCCAAAUGGAAAACUUACAUUAUAUUUGGGCAAAAGAGACUUUGUUGAUCACAUAUCCGGUGUAGAACCAAUAGAUGGUGUAGUUGCUAUUGACGAAGAUUACAAAUACAGAAAGGUAUUUGGUCAAGUAGUAUGCAGUUUCCGUUACGGUCGGGAGGAAGAUGAAAUAAUGGGCCUCAAUUUCCAAAAGGACCUACACCUAGUUUCAGAGCAAAUAUAUCCACCCUCGGAGAAACAACCAACAACGACGAAACUACAAGAAAAACUAUUAAAGAAAUUGGGUAGUAAUGCGUACCCUUUCACGUUUAUUUUGCCAUCGAGCUCGCCGGCCUCCGUUAUGCUGCAAACAGGCCCAGACGAGGGCGGCCAACCCUGCGGCGUUCACUAUUACAUUAAGAUCUUUGUCGGUGAGAACGAAUCUGAUAGAGCUCACAAACGCAGCACCAUCACCAUGGCUAUUCGUAAAAUACAAUACGCUCCCACUAAACAGGGUAGACAACCGUGUACCGUUGUUAGAAAAGAUUUUUUAUUAAGUCCUGGUGAAUUGGAAUUAGAAGUUACUUUGGAUAAACAAUUAUAUCAUCAUGGAGAAAAAAUUGGUGUUAAUAUUUGUAUUCGUAAUAACAGUAAUAAAGUCGUUAAGAAAAUUAAAGCUAUGGUACAACAGGGUGUUGAUGUUGUUCUUUUUCAAAAUGGACAGUAUAGAACGGCUGUGGCUAGCGCUGAAACACAGGAAGGAUGUCCUAUACAACCAGGAUCAAGUCUUCAAAAAAUUAUAUAUUUAACACCUUUAUUGACAAAUAAUAGGGAUAGACGUGGAAUAGCUCUAGAUGGACAACUUAAGAAGCAAGAAACAAAUCUGGCGUCUAGUACACUAUUAGAAAAUCCAGAUAAAGAAAGUCGAGAUGCUUUUGGUAUUAUUGUUUCCUACUCUAUUAAGGUUAAACUAUUUCUUGGGGCUCUAACUGGGGAAUUAUCCGCUGAAUUACCAUUUAUUCUAAUGCAUCCAAAGCCUGGAAGUGAAAAGAAAAUAAUUCAUGCUGAUAGUCAAGCAGAUGUGGAGUCUUUUGGUGUUGAUACUGUAGAUCCCGAUAACGAUUUAGAACCAUUUUUAUCAUAAGAACUAUUUUUUUUAUAAUCGUACGACGGUGUGAGUACAUUAAUUAUUUGGCGUAUUAAUUAUUAAUUCGACCGACUAUUUUGUGAUUUACACAUUUCUUUAUACAAUUUUCACAACAGCCAACUCUCUAUCCCGAUUCCUUUUAUUCCUUCUCUAUAUACUCCUGUGCUUUCCCAUUUUCCCAAUCGCGAUUACGUUCGAUACUUGUUUUUAUGUAUAAAUUAUGAGUUGUACGUACGCUAUAUGUAAACCGCCUUUGUUGUUAAUAUCUGUGUAAAUGUAUAAAAAUAAAAAAAAAUAAAUAAAUGAUGUAAAAAUAGAACAA